CUUGUCGUCUGCCACAGCUUCAUAUUAUCCUCCGUCUCAUCGGUUGACUACACCCGUCUACAUUGCUCAUUUCCACCAUGCGAAUCCGCUAUCCUUUCGCCGGUACUUUCGUCGUCCUCCUCAUUCUCGCCGCCUAUAUCGGUCUCCUACCCCACAGCGAAUCCUCCUCCGUACCAGCCCGACUACAACCCAAUGACAAGCUUCUGCACCUGGUCACCUUCUUCCUGAUAUCCCUCGUCUUCUACUGGAUCCCAGACACCUCUCGCCGACGCACCCUCCACCUCACCCUCAUCGUCUGCACGCUCGUUCUCGGCGUUGGAUCCGAAAUCCUACAGGGUCUCCUCCCCAAUGGCCGGUCAUUCGACCCGUUCGACCUCCUUGCCAACAUCGUCGGUAGCCUCGGCGCAGUCGGUCUGUGUAGCUGGUACCACCGGCGCAUGCUAGAGCGACGCCGGAAGUCCCGCUUCGGGGCUCUCGGCGACGGGUCCGGCGCAGAGGACGACGACGUCGAGCUAGGCAUGGGACCAGGCCACCAUCAUGACGGCGAUGGACUGGGCUCACAGGAGUCCGGCGUCGUAAACCUCGAGCAGGAGGUGGACAACUGGGACGAGAACGCCAUCGAUAACUGGGAUACAGAGGAUGGGGACGAUCCAAGCAUUCUGACGGGGACUACAGCGGCGGAUCGCGAGGACCAGAAGGCUACUUCUUCCCCGUUUAAGGGUGAUCGAGUCGAGGGAGGGAAGAGGAGUGAUUAAAUCGUUUGAUCCGUUCUAUCCUUUCUGCCUCAUUCAGUUACCGCCGUUAUCCCGCCACUUCACUUUGGAGACCCCAGGCUCGGUGGUUCUAUGCUUUGACCUGAUAUGUUACUGUAACGUUGCCAUGAUUGCUCACGACUCGUUCUAGUUAUGAUAUUUUGGUCUCUCCUCUCUCUCUCUCUACACGCUUACUGAGUUUCCCCUACUAUAACUCCACCAUGACCUUGGCAAAAUGAGAGAAAAACGCUACGUCGGAUAUGAACCCAGCACUGGAUUUCCAGGAAAUAUGUUGUGUUGUGGCACGGCACGGCACGCAUCCGAUUGAGCUCAUAUGUAUACCUACAUUCUGUAUCUUUUUCUCUCGCUGUCUCUCUUUCUUUUAUUCUUUCUUGGAUUCGUUUCUAGCGUGUAAAUAGGACUGAAAAAGGAGUUUUGCCUUAGGCGCGAAUGGUGGUAGUCGUCC